UCGCAGCAUGCUCUUGUAGUCUGUUUGAUCAUCAUUGAUAAAUGGGGUUGGGGGAAAGUCAAGAGAAGACGAAGUGGCGGCUUUCGUGAUAAAUAUUUAUACCUUCUCUGUGUAAUAAGGAAUCUCACAAAAUAAAACAAUAAAAUUACGGAGUACUGCUUAUCGGAUAUACUGAAAUCUGCAAGAGAUAGGGUUGAUAUUGAUUCAGUGUUUUCCAGAUGAAUUUUCGGUAAAGAGUGCAGUUCGUGUGUGGGAUUGAAUCAAAUCGGCCUAUGCUGAAACGGGUCGGAUUAAAAAUGGGUACUUGGUUCCGCAAGAACAUCAUCGACCCGCUUCUUCAAAUCCUCCGCAGGGGAGCUGAACCCAAGCAAUUGGCAUUUUCUGGUGCACUUGGAAUUACAUUGGGAAUCUUCCCUAUUUGCGGUGUUACUAUAUUUCUUUGUGGAUUGGCUAUUGCAUUACUUGGAUCUGUUUGUCAUGCUCCAACAGUGAUGCUGGCAAACUUUAUUGCCACCCCAAUUGAAUUGAGUUUGAUCAUACCAUUCCUGCGAUUUGGCGAAGCCAUUACUGGUGGCUCUCAUUUUCCUUUAACUUCUGAUGCACUAAAGAAGGUUUUUACUGGUGAAGCUUCACACGAACUCUUCCUAAGCAUUCUUCGCGCGCUGUUGGGGUGGAUUGUUGCUGCACCGUUCAUACUGGGAAUCCUAUACAUAGUGUUAUUGCCAUGCUUUGCAGUCUUGGUCAGUAAGUUCAGCGGUGCAUCGUCUCUUCCCUCUUCCCCCAAGAUCCCAUUGAUUCAUCAACCCCCUAGUACUGCAGAAUUGAAGCUCAAGGUGAGAGAUGUAUGAUGGAUGGUUUAGGGGCUGUUUGUUUGUUGCAUUAUUCAAAUGAAAUAAAAAAAUCUCAUCUUGUUACAUAUUGCUUGUAAAUAUUCAAUAUAGCCCUUUCUGAGAA